UCGGUAAAAGUCUGAUGACAAGAGCAGGCAGUUUUAAGUGUGUAACAGAGAGAAUGAGAGACAGUCAGUGUUAGGGGGAGCUGAUUUACAGUGCAGACCCUUGCUGAAGCCCCUGCAUGCAGCACAGUAUCUGUCUGGCUGACUGUGCACAGACCACCCCUCUCUGCAGCCUGGCUGGGAGCACAGUGCUGGACUGCUCACUGCUGAUGACACCCUGGGGAACUGAUGACCUCUUAGGUUUUACUGCUCCAAAACGCACACUGGAACUAUUUUUCCCUGGCAUUGUUGCUUGCUAGUUGCAAAUGUAGACCCAGGUGCCCAUUUGGAAGGCUGAUGCUCAGAUGAAUGUGCACCCAUAGGAGAGGAGCCGAGUGGCUGGCAGCACUUUUGUGCCCACCUAAUACUUACUAAGGAUUGUGCAAGUUACAGAUGUUCUGUGGUUCAGCAACACCACAUAUGUACUCAGGUUGGUUUAUCUUGUCAAGACUUUGUCUUUUUGGAUCACCCCAGCACAACGUUAGAUUGCUGCUUGUGUGCAACAUGCUACCUGAAUCUCAGCCUAUCUCAUCACGGACCCAGCUUGCUGACAAUCUCACAUCCUUCACAAGGUACCCUGCACAUCUGAGGAGGCACUUGUAACAAUAUUCUAUUCUUUUGUCUUAUUUCUAGCAAUAUAAGUGGAUUAUAUAUUUUGGAUCACUGUGAAGAUAACUUUGGAGGAGGCUUUAACCCAGACAAACUAUAGGCGAAAGCAUUACAGGGUUACUAUGCAAGUACGACUGAUUUCUUUGUGUUUUAUCAUUUUGAACUUCUUGGAAUACAUUGGCAGCCAACAGAUCCCUAGAGGGAGGCGACAUCGGAGAAUGCAUCCUAAUGUCAGCCAAGGUUGCCAAGGAGGAUGUGCCACAUGUUCCGACUACAAUGGCUGCUUGUCGUGUAAACCUCGGCUCUUUUUCGCUCUUGUAAGAAACGGUAUGAAGCAAGUUGGGGUCUGUCUUCCUUCUUGUCCGAGUGGAUACUAUGGAAUACGAUCACCAGAAAUUAAUAAAUGUACAAAAUGUAAAGCGGACUGCGAAACUUGUUUCCACAAAAAUUUCUGCACAAAGUGUAAAGGUGGAUUUUACUUACACAACGGGAAGUGCCUCGACACUUGUCCAGAUGGGUUUGAGAACAAUAAUCACAGCAUGGAAUGUAAUAGUGUUGUUCAUUGUACAGUAAGUGAGUGGAGUACUUGGGGCCCGUGCACAAAAAGGGGGAAAACAUGUGACUUCAAAAGAGGCAACGAAACAAGAUUUCGAGAAAUAAUACAGCGACCAUCACCACGGGGUAUACCAUGCCCAUCAAUAUCCGAAACCAGGAAGUGCAUAGUGCAAAGAAAGAAAUGCCCUGGCAGAAAAAGGCAAAAAGGGAAGAAAGAAGAAACGAAAAAGACUAAGCAGAGAAAAAAAGACGGAGAUGCACCGAAAAAACAAAGGCAGAGAAAACAAGAGCGAAAUCAGCGAGGAGAGGGAACUCAAAGAGAUAUCACAGCCUAGGUGAAUGAAUGUGCAGAAGAUGUAAUGAAGUCUUUGUGCACUGUUAUGGACAUUAAAGGCCACACACUUGUGAUAGGCUUCUGAUGCUGCUAUGAUCACAUCCCCAUUUGACUGAACUUCCAAAUGGAAUGGACUUUUCUCCUAUAGAAGAGCGCUAAGAACAACAUUCCAUGCCUCCCACUGUCUUCAUGUGGAAAUGCAGAAUAAAAGGAAUUAAGUGGGAGCCAGGAAUUAAAAAUAUAUAUAUAAUAAUAAUGCUGAAAGUGCGCCAUGGAUGCUUUAGGCUUGUAUGCUUCUGUGCAUCAGUAAAGACAUUUUGUAUCUAAUAGUAUAGACGAUAUAUCAUUAUUAUGGAUGGCACGUGAACAAGCAAUUGUUUCCAUUUUUGUACAGUAUUUUUGAAGCUGGUUUUCUGAGUUAUAGGCAAUUUAGAUGUUGAAGUCAACAGCACAGUUUCCUAUAACGCAUUCUGUGGUUAUAUUAUAAAAAUAAUUUACAAGCGGUACACAUUGCCAAGGACAUAGGAAUGUGAUACCCUGUAAAAUAAUGGUUACCUCACUCAGCUGUAGAAUAUGAUUUUGUUUUUCCAAAUUAAUGUCUGUUAUUGAUUUCCACUGUAAAUUGAUUUAGAGGGCAGAAUUACAGUAGAAUGAACUCAAUAAUAUCUAUGGGUUGUUGAAGCUUCUAUAGCCCCUAUAAUAUCAUACAUAGGUAAUGCUGGAGGGUUAGUGCUCACUCAUAUAAUUAAUGCACAUAUUUCAUCAUUAACAUAAAAGCAAAGCUGCUCAAUGUUAUAAAAUGUUUAAACAUAGCACUAUCUACAUGAUGUAUUUUUUUCACUGGUAUUGUCUUUCUAUGUCAAAUGCAAACAUUUUUUUUUAGGGGUAGGUUAUAUUUUGCUUAAAAAGCUUAACAAUAUAUUUCAUACAAAAUUCACCAUUAAAAUAUAUUUGUAUUUUUUGUAGAUAAAAGAUGUGAUAAGCUUGUUAACUGGUAUAGAAUCUAUACACAGAGUGUCUAUAAUGCCAGGCAAUUUCAAGCAGUGAAGAAGUAAGCAACUGUGUUCUGAGCAAAAUCCUUAAGAGGGUGUCCAUUUUCAUUUUAAAAAUUCUGCAAAGAUAAACUUCACAAAUUUAUAAUUUGGAGGAAAAAAAAAAGAAAAAAAAUAUUGUGUUCCCUAUUAAUUUAGCAUUGAAAACAUAAUUUCAAUACUAUGGUUGUUAGAAGAAAUUACCAGCCAUCAAAACAUCCCAAGUACACCCACAGAGUACCCCAACUCUGCCCAAUCAUAAGAGCCCCAAAUUUGCCCCAAAAGUCUCAACCACACCAAUGGGGUGCUUCAAACCCCCAAAUACACCCAUGAAAUGCCCCAACUCUGCUUCAAAUCACCCUACCAAACCCAACAACUAAUCUGUUCCUGCCACCCUGGCUGCUCUGCCGUGCUCACACCAACUCUGACCUUGGGACCCCCAACUACACCCCUGACUGCACCAACUUGUGGCACUAGACCACCCCAACUUCUUCCAUGGGUGACAUAGACUCUCCUCUCUGGCGUCUUAUACUUUCCUGGUAUUUGGAUUUUUUGCUUAAAAGAAUAGUCUGUGCAGAUAAAAUAUCAGACAAGUUGUACCCCCCCCCCCUUUACAUGCUGAUAUAUAUUUGACAGUCGGAAUGUAAAUAACCCAUUCAUUAGUCACCUAUAAUCUGUUAAUUUACAGUGCUGUCAGCAUUGGCAUAUACUGUAUGUAAAAUGUCAAACAUUACUAAUACAGUGAAUAAAUAUAAUAUUAUGUACACAUAGAAUUAAAGCAGCAGUUGGUAAUGAUAAAAUGCUUACAGUGGUUCUGUCUAUACAACUUUGGAAUAGAUCACAAAGGAAGUGUUAUCAUGUGCAGCUAGAAACACUGUUUAAUGUAUUGAACAUUGGGAUGAGAAUGAGUUCCAGAUGGACUUGGUGUGCCAGAAAUAAUUGCUUCUUGUGUAGGGCAGCAUGUUCUUCCCCUCUGCUUUAAUUUUACAGCUAUACCUAUCAUGUGUUUGAAUGUUAAUAGAUUUUCACUUACCCAGAUUUUUUUUUGGAUUUUUUUUGCUUGGUAGUGUCUUCAAAGCGUUGCUGAAACUUGCUGCAGCCACUACCAAGGAAAAAUGAUAGAGAGAAAAAGAAGUGAUUGCUCAUGGGAGAAUUGAUUCUUUUUUUUCCCCAACUAUACUAUCUGCAGAAGAAAAACAUAUUUUCUUUGUUUUACAAUGUGCUUGUCAAGGAGCAUAGAUGAAAAGGGGCAUGCAACUUCAAUAAUGAUGUGUAUCUAUUGAAACGAGAUGCCAAUAAAUAUACUUAUUGAAAAA